AUGACUACUUUAUACGACUUUACAGUUAAGAACAUCAAGGGCGAAGCCUGGAACUUAGCCGAUCUUAAGGGAAAGGUUGUCUUGGUUGUCAAUGUUGCCUCCAAGUGUGGAUUCACCAAGCAAUAUGCUGGUUUGGAAGAACUCUAUCAAAAGUAUAAAGAUAGAGACUUUGUUAUCGUCGGAUGUCCUUGUAACCAAUUUGGUGGUCAAGAACCUGGUUCAGAAGAAGAGAUUCAAAACUUUUGUUCUCUUAACUGGAGUGUCACUUUUCCUUUGACCUCCAAAGUUGAGGUUAAUGGAGAUAACGAAGCUCCCUUGUGGAAAUGGAUGAAAGAAUCUCAACCUGGUAUCUUGGGUUUGAAGCGCGUCAAGUGGAAUUUUGAGAAAUUUUUGAUUGAUCGUGAAGGAAAGGUUGUUAAGCGUUAUGCUUCCACCACUGAACCAAAAUCUAUUGCCGAAGAAGUCGAAAAGCACUUGUAA